CAUGUGAUAAACUAGUGCUCUUAUCUAGAAAGUUGUGUUGCUAUCGAGUUGCUAUAUUCUAUGCUAUCACUGUUUGCUCUUAAUAUAAAAGACUCAAGGUGUUAUUAUCAAACCUACAUGGCGCUGUGAACAGCCCGCUACAUAAAUAGCGUUGAAAGAACCGAAACAAAUCAGGAUCAGCAGAUAUGGCAUAUACAUUUCGUACCAGUGACCUACCGAAACUGGACCUCGAUACAGAUAAAGGGACAGACUUCCUUGCCUGGUAACAACAGUGGCUUGCCUAUAGAGAACUAUCUGGCCUUGGCAACGAGUCAGCGGCAAAACAGGUACAAGCACUCAAACUUUGUUUCUCAAGAGAGACCCUCACUGUGGUAGACAAUCUAGGACUAACUGAUGCCCAGAAGAAUGACCAAGCACUGAUAAUUGCAGCAAUGAAGCAACAUGUCGAAGGGCAGAUCAAUGAAACAAUUGAGAGAAGAAACCUACGACAGCGACAUCAACUCACUGGCGAAACCUUCGACGACUUCCUAGUGUCACUACGUGACCUUGCAAAAACUUGUAACUUUUGUAACAACGAAUGCCUCAAACGAGCAAUCAGAGACCAAAUUAUCGAAGGUCUACAAGAUGGCGACACUAUACAAGAACUCCUCCGAGCUAGUGACCUCACGCUAGAUCAAGCUGUAACAAAGUGCCGUGGUAUGGAAGCGGUAAAGAAGUCCCGCUCACAGAUCCAGGGUGCAACCGAACUUUGCGCACUACAAACACGACAAACACGACAUCAACCUGCCACCCCGGCCAGUACAUGCCAUUGGUGCGGUAAAAAUCAACACGAUGGAGGCAGAAAGAAUUGCCCAGCCCAGGGACAAACUUGCCGCAACUGUGGCAAAGUUGGCCACUUUAGUACGGUUUGCAGACAGCCACAUCCUUCUGGAAAAAAACCAGCCAUAUCCCCGAGGGCCAACACACUGCGCACUUCGGAACUCCCAUUCCUGCAACUAUCCAACGCAAACGCUGGAUCCAUCACACCAGCCCCGACGAUUCGAAUGAAAGUGACUACCUGCCAUGGAGAAACUUACACUAGUGUCCUUCCUGACUCGGGAGCAGACAUUUGCGCAGCAGGGCCAGACUUAGUACAUGCCCUCAACGAGGACAUGGAUAAUCUGGCAGAUUCCAACGUCACACCAAAAGCAGUCAACGGCUCACUAUUACAUCCAGCAGGAAAGCUACCCGGAGUCCAAUUCCAGAUCAAUGGCCAGGACACCGAAGCAGACAUUCACAUCUAUCAAUCAGUCUCAGGCAUCAUCAUAUCAUGGGCCACAGCACAGAAACUCGGCAUCCUACCUAACUGUUACCCUAACCCGAUGCCCUCUGUCCAAACGAUCGAAUCUACGACAAUCGAAUCUACCGAAACAAUCGGAUCCACGAAGGUCGAAACAAUCGAAUCCACGAAAGUCGAAACAAUCGAAUCUACGAAUGUUCCAUCUAUGCUACCCACAGCGGAACAAUUCAUGUUGGAAUUUUCACCCGUCUUCGACGGACAAAUUCGUACCAUGCCAGGAGAACAGUUCCAUAUCUCCAUCACUGACGACGCUAAACCGUUCUGCGUGAGCACACCACGCACCAUCCCACUGGCAUACAGAGAGAAACUGAAAGCUGAGAUCGACUUGCUCGUCGAUCAAAAAAUCAUAGCUCCGACUGGUGCGCACCCAUUGUUGUGGCACCAAAGAAGAACUCCGACAAAAUACGCAUGUGCGUAG